UAAGAAGCUCUAAUAUUGUAUGUAAAGUGAAGAAAAUCUAGACAUAACUCUCACAAAGGUCUGAUAAAGGUCGUGUGAUAAGGCUUAUCUUAAAGAAGGGACAACGGACGGCAAUAUGUUUUCAAGAUACCUUUGUCUGGCUUUUCUAUUCUUUGGAGCGCAUGCGCAGCUUAACCCCGGAUCAGUUUCCGGCGGAAGUUCCACCAGUGGAAGCAGUAUUGGAUCUACAGGAGGAUUUCCGUUUCCUCCAAUGGUUCCUCAUGCACCUAAUGCUAUCCAUCAUGUUGGUGUUUCAUACAAUCUACUGAAGGGCAAUCCUGACGGUCAGUAUUGGUCAACAGGAGGGGAGGACGUCGGGGUAUCUUUGACCAAGAAGAUAUUCACCAUCAGCCCCGGGGAUCAUCCACCGGAAAUUAUCUCUGAACAUCAUGACGGUUGUCAAUAUUCGCAUGGAUUUACAUUGUUCUACAAUCCAAAAUCAUACCAAGAUAAACUGCUAACAACUGUCAAAACAUCGGGUACUGCCGACUCUGCUCUGAAGCCUUUCGCCUUUACUCUUAGCUCUGCUUACCAAGCAGUUGUUACUCAGACGUCUAAGCAUCAUUACAUUUACCAAGACGCCGCCACGUAUUGUAAACUAGGUCACGUGAGGUAUUCUAUGAAACUAGCGGAAUCUGAUCACUAUCCGGUCACGCGGGAAUUCGCAGCUGACGUCUGCUCACUUCCGGUCACGUACGACGCCAACUCGUAUAUGCAGUUUAUAGAAAAAUGGGGCACGCAUGUUGUAACGGAAGUGGACAUUGGAAAGGCAACAACAAACAGAUACGUUGGAAGAUUGAGGGAUCUCUUCAAUUUCGUCAUGUUCAACGUAACAGACGAGAUAAGCAUGGGUGGGACUUUGGACGGGUUUCCGAGUUCAUAUGUGAUUGACCCCGAUUCUUACAAAUACAGACAUGAGUACAAGUACAUAGUGGGCGUGUUCGAGGACAACCUUAGCAUCGGGGACCAGUACUACAAUGACGUCAUAGGAAAGUCCGUGCAGACGAUCGACAUGGCAUUAGACACCAAAUAUUGGCAAUUUAUAAAUGCAUACGUUCAACAACAUGUGUGUACAGCCAGUGCCGCGCAAAAUCUAGGCGUGUGGCAGACGAAUAUUGUAACAGCGUUAAAAGCAUAUCCGGCGUUUAAAAACGCAAUGCAACCAGCCGUAUUACCACUAGCAAUGCCGGCAACAUGGCCACUAGGAACGUUUUCGAUUCCUAAACCUCAAGGAUCACAGUGCCCAACUACAGACUUUAUGGGAGGAACUCUUACAUUGCCCCAGGGAACUCAUACCGGGGCGGCUCCUACUGGACUCCAUAUUGGUGGACAGCUGACAAGCAGUAAGUACACGUUACAAUACUGCACUAAGGAGGACCCUGCACCCACCCCGUAUGAUAUAUACUGGCCCCGGGGUGACUAUUGUAUACAACAAUAUGAUGAUAGGUGUCCAUACGCCUUCAGGAUGGGCAAAGUGUUGCUCAAAACGUCCGGAACGUCAGCAAAAUUAGGAAUUGCACCCACUGGAACUUACGGGACUUCCACAGAAUUGCAGUUUUGUUGUCGAAACGACUCUGUAUAUUCCCAUAAAGUUUACCUGCCUUCUGCCAAGCCAUUUUACUUAUUUAAAUUCCAACAUGGUUGUCAAAAAGUCAACGGAAUGUCAGUAACAGACGAAACGCUACCAUUAUACAAUGACGUAACUUCCGGCGGAAGCGCAUAUCAAACAAGACUAUAUGGAAGUUACCCGUAUGUUGAAGAAGUAGGCCGACUCUCAGCAUAUGCCACAAAGCAGUACAAUCUACAUUAUUGUUACUAUCAGCCUAUUACAAAAUAGAAUUUCAAUUAAUAUUUUUGUAUGAAAUGUAUGAUGUGAUUGAAUCUUAGACUUUCCGAAG